AUGAACGACUCUCAGCCACCGACUUCCCUACUCGACCAGGGCGAGUCUAUACCUAUCGCUGGACUUAACCCGGACGCUUCCGAUCAAGAGAACCGAGUUGUACACGGGACGAUAACCAUUACAUGGCCUUUUAGUAUCGUAACCAAAUCGAUCGCAUUCCUCCUGGCUGAGCGUGACUUUCGACUCCGACGCGAAAAUGGACAAGUGCGCGUACGAUUCCAUGGUGCAGCCGCAAAGGCCAUCUCAGAUGCAUCGCUAGGCGCAGGAGAUGAGAUUCGUGUGAGCCUAAAAGGCGUUCAGUGGGAGAAGAAUGAGACACAAACACAGGUUGCAGGAAGUACUCUAGCAUGGCAGCUGGAAUUCACCAAUCGCCUCGUCAUUGGUAUUCGUCGACCGAAUACGGAACAAGAGACUCUAUUAGAUAUCGAUGUCCCGGCUGCGGAACCAGAAACCAUCACCGAUGGCCAAGUAGAGAGUACCGACCCAAUCGACAUCGACACCAUACUCGAGGAACCUACCACACCAUCUCCGGAGCCCACACUACCUGCGAAACGAAACGCCUCAUCGACCCUCGAUCCCUUCGAGUAUGCUUCGCCCGCUUUUCUCAAACGAGCACGUGUAUCCUAUGGAUCUCUAUUUGAAGGAGGCUUGGACAUAUUCGACGAGGACAUUACCAAGAAGACCAAGUCGAAGAAGCGCUCCCGAUUUAGUAUGCCUGGAAAUGCUUGGAGAUAUACAAGUCAAUCCCCUAGCCCCGAGCCCGACGAUGUCCCCGAGGAGGAAGAGGAGGAAGAGCCACAAACGAAUGGAAAAUCGCAAUCAAAUGGCGACAUUGAGGACACCCAUAUGGAUACGCCAUCCAGACCGGCAAUGGUUGAUCAAGGCUCCCAAACCGCAGAUGUCGACUUUACCCCUAUGGCCAGUGUCCAGGUAUACGCCGAGUCAAGACCAAGCUUCGGUUUUACACAGAUGACUCCAACGCCGUUCGCUCGAACAAAGCCAUUCGGGGCAGACAACCCAGUCAUGGAUCAGCCCCUACAUUUUGAGGGCGACUCAACAACGCCGCAUGGCAUGCCUCCUGAAUCGCAUCAAAACCUACUCACCGAACAACCAGUCCCCAUGGAUACAGACAUGGCUUUUAGUUUCACGCCACAAACCGUGCUCUUCCCUCAAGCUUCAGCAUUCUUUCCUGCGCAGGAUAAUGUUCCGGGAUCGCCCAGUCGUGCCACAGGAGUAGAUGACUACCCGGCCGAGCUCUUAGACGCUGACCCGACCCCGUCUAAUCCUGUAGACACUCUAAUAGGGUUCACUGCUCAUGGGUCGCAACCCGUCGCAGCUCACCAAAAUACUUUCUCUACUGAACCAGUCCUCGACUCGGCUUUCACGACUACUGCGCACUCUCAGAACCCUUGGGCUGCUGAACUUCCUGGAUCAGGUUCUGCGAACGCUAGUAGCGAUGCUGAGAAUCCGGUGGAGAUCCUAAGCUCAUCGCCAUUAAGGCAAGACUCGAGGGAUUCAAGCGAAGAUCGCCAAGUAUCUCCUUCAAGGGAAAACACAGGGAUGGACGUUACAGCAGAUGCAUCGCCCGAACCGAAACUCGAGGAUCCAGCAAGUGAAGCCGAAUAUUACCGCGAUGGAGGCGAUGAGCCCGGAGACGACUAUGAUCUCAGAAAAUACUCGCGCGCACACGAUGACGACGAUGACAUUGAAACGUCUGAAGAGGAACGAGAUGCGAACGAUGAUGACCCUGGAGCCCAAAUCAUGAACCCCGAGGAAGAUGAUUUGGAUGUUGACCAAGAUGUUGAUCAAGAUGUUGCGAACCAAGAAGGUUAUCCCGGCGAUGUCUCUGACGAGUACGAAGAAGAAAUGUACGAGGAACAGUUCGAGGGUGAUAGACAAAGCUAUGAAGGGUCCGAAGAUGACGCAGAAGGUGAAUACUAUUCAGAUGAGGAGGACUACACGGAUGAUGAAGAAAAUGAAGAAGAAGAAGCACAAACUCACCCUCCUGCUGCCCCUAUCGCCCGAGAGCCUGUCUUUAUCGACCUGCUGUCAGAUUCCGAAGACGAGGAUAAACCGGCACCCAAGGAAGAGCCAGAAGCAACACUCAAGGAAGAUUCCAAGGAAGAACUCAGGGAAGAGGUAGAACACGAGUCUGAAGAGCAUGAUUCUCGCUCUGAAGAUGAAGAUGAGGCAAAAGCGAACCCAGAGAAUGCGGAAGAGAAGAAGUUCUCACCAGUGCCUGAGGAAAGGAGGGAAGCUGAAGAUCUCGAGGCAGAUGAGGAAAUGGUCGAACAAGCUCAAUCUCCGCCCAAACCCGCAGAGGAGACGGGUGAGGAUACUGAGACGAAACACAUUACGGAAGAAACUACUCAGAUGGAGAAAACAUCAGUUCCUACGUCUCCUGCUCCGAAGGAUUCGAGUCCGGACCAAGAUGAAGUUGCUGAGGUGCCCAUGACAUCCGAGGAAAUCAAAGAUGGCGAGGGCCCAUCGCAUAUUCAGGAGUCGGCUGAAAACCAAGAGCCUUCUGCAGCAUCACAUGAUAUCGAGAUGGACGCACCCACACUCACGGAGGUAUCCGAUAAACCCGAUGAUGGGGCCAUUGCCCCUGAAGACACUACGAGGAUGGACUCGCCUGAUGAGACAUCGCCUGCAGUGGUUGAGGAACCUGGCGAAGCGAUGGACGUUGACGCACUACUUGACGCACCCCAAGAAGAUGCUGCCAAGCCAACAGAAACUGACAACGUCGAGGUCGUUGAGAACAGUGUUGCUGUCAGCGAUGAGGUACAAACCACGAUCACGGAUGCUCAAGAAGACACAUCGACAAGUCUUCAGGUCACAGCGGCUCAGGAAGAAUCCCUCACACUACCGCAAAAGACCUCGAAAAACAAUGCAGAGCCGUCAAACAUCGAGUCAGCCGAGGAUUCAUUUGGCGAAAGUGAUGCGGAAGCUGGUGAAGCACAAGAGUUUCAUGAUGCCGUGAUGCAGGACGCGCCGUCAGAAGAUGUCUUGGGAAAACCAACCACCGAUGCAGCCGUGGCAGAAGAUGCUGUAGGACACCCUGCAAAGGACGGUCAGAUUUCGCCUCCACCAACUCAAAUCCCUCAAGCGCAAACCUUACAAGAAGACAACAUCACUAUCUCGGUCCAUGAGCACGACCAACUUCUCCCCACUCCUGGCGAAACCCAAGUGAUAGAAGUUGAGGUGUCUGACACACUACAAACUGUCACAUACGACGAUCAGACCGACGAAGAGGAUGCAAACCCAGAAGAUCAGAUAAUGGCUGAGAUACUGCAGCAUUCUCCAGUCAAACAGGAUACCCACCUUCCGAAGGAGUCUAUCGCAUUUUCUCCCACUGCCUCACAAACUGAACUGUCUGCUCCGACUGAGCAGGCCGAUGAGACGCAUGAACGAGCUGCUUCACAAUCUGAGUCAGUGCCUGAGAGUGCUGUUGGCAAAUCAUUACGGCCCCGACGCUAUAAGCCAAGCAGAGCAUCUGAUGACAACGAUCGAGAGGACCCCAGUAUGGCGCUGAUAGCAGCUACGCCAGCGACGGGGCCCACGGACAGUGGCAGCAAGCACAGUAGCCCAGCCCCAGCCCCAGCCGGACCAAGCAGCAAGACUCGCAGCAAGACCCACGAUGAUCCCAGCAUUCAGUUGGCGGGUGGUUUAGAGCAAGCAGAGACAAAGAACAAACGUAAGAGAAAGGCGGCGGAUGAUGAGAGCAUUGCCAGUCUGGACAACAGCCCAACCGGGUCCCAACGAGUGCUGCGGUCCAUGACGGCUGACCAUGAUGAUCCGAGCCUAUUGCUCGCGAAAGGGUCAAGCCCUUCAGCCCGGCAGACACGACGUCACAAGACGCCAGAUCUGAAGCGCGAAACACCUAGGCGCGAGACUCGCUCGGUGUCACGAAGUUUUCAACUACAAGAAGAGUCACCCGAUGCAUCAUUUGCUUCACUGAUAUCACCAUCAAUCGCAGGGUCCUUCGCAACUGUGCCUGAGGAUGGCGAAGAGGAUGUCAAGUCUCUGAAGCUGCGACUAGUUAAAAACUUGAGAACAGACUUGCCUGACUUCCUGUCGCUCAAGAAACUCACAGGGAAUAUCAACAAAAUGGUGGACGUCCUUGCAGUGGUAACACAAACACCACCGCAGCCACACCGACCAAAAAAUGGCCCUCGGGAUUUCAUGCUCACUUUGACCUUGACCGAUCCGUCCACGGCACCGACUCAAGUCCGUGUAGCCCAUAUAUUCCGGCCCCACCUAGCCUCGCUGCCGGACGUUGAGAGUGGGGACAUUAUCCUCCUCCGACGGUUUAAGGUGGUGUCAAUGAAGAGCCGUGACUUCGGCAUUCGAUCAGAAGAUUCAUCGUCAUGGGCCGUGUCCAAGCCGAACGAUGAACAAGUUCUCAGCCAAGUCAAGGGUCCACCGGUGGAAACUACCCCAGAAGAGAUCGCACAUGCCAAGGGUCUACGGCACUGGUGGAGCCUCCAGGAUGACAACGCUAUGAACAAGAUCGAGACGGCGUCACGGAAGGUGACCGAGGCGGGCAAGGAAAACACCAAAUGA